UUCGACCGGCAGUCGUUCGUGUACGGACUUUUGAAAAUUCUCCUUAGAAGAAAAUUUAGUGCGUCUUUAGAUGGGCGAAUGUGCGGAUGUUUUAUGUUCGUUAAAAGAUUUCAAAGACGAACGGAAAUAUUUGAAAUUUGAAUAGUAAAAUAAAUUAUAUUAAAAAUCUAAAAUAAGUUAUAAUUGAAAGUGUCAACUUUGUGUGUUGAAAAGUUAAUACAACACAUAAAUUUAUUAAUUAAAAAUAAUCUUUUCCAUGUGGCAUAUGAAAUUCAAUUAUAUAGUGUGAAAGUGUAAUGAAUUAAUAAUGUGAUAAAACUUUUGCCAUCCCAAGAAAUAAUUAUAAAAUUUAAUAGAGCAAUCUACCAAGCAUUGGAGAGUGUUUAAAUGCGUGUCUGUGUCUGUUUAUUAUAAUCUUGGCGAAAAGGGAUUAAUUCACUUGAGUGUUGUUAAAGGAUUAAACCCUUCGCCUCCUCGAAUUGAUGAAUGAACAAAUUUUUAUUGCAUCUCACGUUGACAUCAUUUGGGAGUUGUCGAAAAACCAUAAAACUGUUGGCAUUUAAUUUUCUCCCAUUCCGUUUACAUUGAGUUUUGUGACCCACACACAUUUCUCAUUUCUCAAAGGGAGCUUCAAAUGUUCGUCAACACCAUUUCGCUAACAUUUGUCAUUUACACAGUAACAGAGUAAAUUUGAGUGACCAUCUCUGGAUAAGGGUAUUUAACAAACGAUGUGAAAUGGAAAAUUGAAUUGGGAAAUCUCAUUCAACUGAUUGAAAGCGAUCAGCUAAACUCUCAAAUGCCAGUUUGGAGAAAAGAAAAUCAGAAUUGUUAGAAAUGAAAUAAGCGAUUCACUUUUAAGAGCCCUUACCCAAGGAAGAGUGAAACCUAAAGUGGCUGUAUAAACCACAACAACAACUUAACAUUGCACAGAAUUAAAACACAGUUACCACAGUGUGUCCCCAAAGAAAUUUCACCCGUCCAAAGAGGUGAAACAAACAAAGACAAUAUGAAAUAGGAAACCUAUAUCACAGCCAGAAUAUUGUUCGCACGCAUUAAAUAUGUUGUUAAAAAGCCAAUUAUUGGAAAAUGGAAAAACCACAACAUCAACAUCAACCUGCAAUGCUUUAAUGUCAUAAACACAGAAAGUUUAUGAAUUUGUGCGGUUAAUCUCGGAGUAGAUCCAACGGUCACCGUACUCUUUAAUUUUGUGAAAUUUGCAAUUAAAAAUGUUGUAACACACUUUUCCGCUGAGCAAACAUUCCGACAUCAGCAGUAACACUAUCUGCUGAAGCAAAAAUUUCCACUUUAAUAACCAGGAAUAACAAGUGGGACGAAUAAUUGGCCACUGCAUAAACAGGAGCAGCAUCCGUAGCCGCAGCAGAGGAAGGUCCUAAUUGCACUUGAGCUGCUGUUUAUAUUUAAUACCGACAACGAAAUGGAAUACUUUCUGCGAGAGUAUAUGGCUCGUAGUAUAUUGCCUCAUUUAAAUGUGGCCACAGUAAAGAGAAGGUAUCGCAGCACGAGUGGCGGUGAUGGCGAUGGGGGUGGUGCUGGUCAACACAAAACAAACAUCACGACAACGACGACAACAACAAAUUUAAGCAUAACGAAUGCAAUUCAACAAAGUGACAGGGAAGGCAGUAUCGUUGACGGUGGCGAUAGCAACCUGUAUUUCAUAGAACCCCAACAGCAAUUACUUUUGGAAGCAUUCGACUCAGACAUGGGCAUGGAUGUUCGAACGCAGUCCGAUAUAGAUUAUGGUGAAUAUUCGAGCUCGGACAACACAACUGCAACCUCCACAUCCACGUAUCAUCUGUUAGAAUCGUUGGCCAGUGUGACGACCACAACGAUUUCAUCGAUAUCGCAUCAAGUGACACAACACACAAACGAAAGCUUCCGACUGUUGCGUGGUGACCACAAUGUCAGCACUUCCAUGUAUGCCGCCGCCAACUGUGAGGGCGAAUGCCACCCUGAUAUGGAGUUGAAUGAGACAUGGUCUCUUGACGCCUGUGGAGAUGAUGGCGGCGAUGGUGACACUUUGUCAUCAGUUUACUUCAUAACGGCGGUUUAUCUCCUCUACAUUCCAAUAUUUGUAUUUGCUCUGCUUGGUAAUGGCACCGUGUGCUAUAUUGUCCAAUCAACGCCACGCAUGCGCACCGUCACAAAUUAUUUCAUAGCAAAUCUGGCCAUGGGUGAUAUAUUGAUGUCGCUGUUUUGUGUUCCCUCCUCGUUCAUAUCAACUUUUAUAUUGGGCUAUUGGCCGUUUGGUAUAGCACUGUGUCAUUUUGUCAACUACUCGCAAGCUGUGUCGGUACUGGUGAGUGCUUACACAUUGGUGGCUAUAUCAAUUGAUCGGUAUAUAGCUAUUAUGUGGCCGCUGAGGCCGAGAAUAACUAAGAGAUAUGCCAAGUUCAUAAUAGUUGGGAUAUGGUUCAUCGCUUUGGCCACCGCGUUACCAAUACCAAUUGUUUCAAAAUUAGUACAGCCUGGUGAUUGGUAUGAACUGUGUGGAAGAUACAUCUGUAAGGAAGAAUGGCCCACAGCCGAACAAAACUAUUACUACACGCUGGCAUUGCUGACACUGCAAUUUAUUGUUCCAUUGUCGGUGCUAAUUUUCACCUACACCCGCAUUGCACUGGCCGUUUGGGGCAAGCGACCUCCGGGUGAGGCGGAAAAUUCUCGAGAUCAACGCAUGGCUAGGUCGAAACGUAAGAUGAUUAAAAUGAUGGUGACUGUGGUGAUUGUCUUUACAAUGUGUUGGCUACCGUUCAAUAUACUGUCCCUACUUUUAAAUGACGAAGAGGUUCGAAGUUGGGGAGCAUUACCGUACGCCUGGUUCGCUGUUCAUUGGCUGGCGAUGUCACACAGUUGCUAUAAUCCCAUCAUUUACUGCUACAUGAAUGCCCGUUUCCGCGGUGGUUUCCUGCAGAUAAUUUACCGGGUACCCGGUCUGCGGCGUUGCUGCUGUCUGCGACGAUAUUUACACACGCGUGGCGAUCGUAGCUAUGAGACCACUGGAACGGACGAUGCAUUCCACCUGCAGCGUGUGAACACAUGCACCACAUUCAUCAGCACAAGGCGAAAGUUGCGCACGAAUUCUAUGCAAACGAGUCAAUCUUCAUGUGCGGAAACAACGGUGUUGCGGUAGUGCCAGGCCCCACUUAGACACGUUGAACCGGAUAAUUUGAAUAAAUUCAUGUGAACAUGGAAAAAAUCAACAUCUCUGCUGCACCUGGGAAAUUUGUUACUGAAAAUCUCGAAUAUUUCAAACAUAUUUCGAUGCAUUUUCUUAGACAUAAUAUUUUGAAACCAAUUAGUUAAAAAAAAACAUAGGAAAAUACAUUUUAAAAGUUUCUGAUGGAAAUUUUCGUUUAUUAUGCAAGGCAAAUUAUAUGUUAGUAAAUAUUGUGCGGUAACAUUGGGUGAUAUUCCUAAAUUACUUGUUAACAGGUUGAGAUACAUAAAGUAAUUGGCAAUCCAAUUCGUUAUAAUGGUAAGGCCAUGUGAAAAAAUUCCAGGGAUGAUGCCAAUUGCUUUGGGUAUCUCCACCUCUAAAGUUCAUAUUCUCGAUGCAUAGAUCUUUUGUUAUGUCGCAAUUUAUUGUGAUAUAUUUUUUUAAAUAUUGAGGAAUAUGCACAUUAAAUU